CGCCGCUACUCCGGCAACCUGACGAAGGAGCCGAUGAGAAGAAUUGGAGGAAGGUUCUUCUCUGUGAUCCUCGUGCGCUACCCGAGAAGUUCACCACGGUCUUUCUUUCCGUACAAAGAUGGCGGAUUUUCGUGGGAUGAUUCGGAACGUUUGCCUCAAUCGUGCUCGAGGACUAACAUUAGGUGGGUCUUCAGCAGCACCGGUCUUCCUCCUCCCGAGUGGAUAGAACCCUUCAAUGACGUCUCCGAUUUGGUGAAGACAACUCGUGAUCUCCAGAUCUCCCCAUGGGUAAGCCAAGUCAUCAACCUCCUCGAUGGUUCGACCACCAUGGAAUCCAAUCUAGAUGGUUUCUGCCGCAAGUUCCUUGUUAAGCUAUCGCCCAAUUUCGUUUCUUUCGUGUUGAAAUCGGAGGAGCUUCGGGAUAAAUCCGAUAUCGCUUGGAGGUUCUUUUAUUGGGCUGGUAGGCAGAAGAAGUAUGCGCACAAGCUCGAGUGUUAUGUCUCCUUGAUCGAUGUCUUGUCAUCUGCAAACCAUUUGGACAGGAUUAGGUCUGUCUGUGGUGAAAUUAGAAACCUGGAGAUUACAAUGACGGUAUCUGCCGCUAAUUCUCUGAUUAAGAGCUUUGGUGUUCUUGGGAUGGUGGAGGAGCUGCUGUGGGUGUGGCGUAGAAUGAAAGAGAAUGGGAUCGAACCCACUUUGUAUACUUACAAUUUUCUGGUUAAUGGACUCGUGAGCUCGAUGUUCAUGGAGUCUGCAGAGCGUGUCUUUGAGGUUAUGGACAGUGGCAGGAUCAGACCGGAUGUUGUCACUUACAACACGAUGAUCAAAGGGUACUGUCGGGCAGGGCAGACCAAGAAUGCUAUGGAGAAACUCAGAGCUAUGGAAACGAGUGGUCUGGAGCCAGAUAAGAUCACGUUUAUGACGAUGAUACAGGCUUGCUAUGCAGAUAAUGAUUUUGAUUCUUGUGUAGCCCUGUAUCAAGAAAUGGAUGAGAAGGGGCUUGAGAUUCCGCCUCAUGCUUACAGUUUAGUAAUUGGAGGGCUUUGCAAGGAGGGGAAAUUGAAUGAAGGAUUUGCUGUUUUCGAGAAUAUGAUUCGUAAGGGGGCUAAACCAAACGUGGCUAUAUACACAGCGCUGAUAGAUGCAUAUGCAAAAUGUGGAAGUAUUGAAGAUGCACUAAGGCUAUUCAGGAGAAUGAUGGAUGAAUGUCUUCAACCUGACGUGGUAACUUAUGGUGUUGUUGUCAAUGGUUUGUGUAAAAGUGGGAGAGUAGAUGAGGCUCUUGAGUAUUUCGAGUCUUGCCAGUGUAAUGGUUUGGCUGUCAACUCGAUGUUUUAUUCUAGCCUCAUUGAUGGGUUAGGAAAGGUCGGUAGAGUGGAUGAAGCGGAGAGGCUUUUUGAACAGAUGGCCGAAAAGAGAUGCACACGGGAUUCAUACUGUUAUAACGCUCUCAUUGACGCAUUUGCCAAGUCCGGGAGAGUUGAUGAAGCAUUAGCUCUGUUCAAGAGAAUGGAGCAAGAAGGAUGCGAUCAGACUGUGUAUACAUACACGAUACUAAUGGGCGGAAUGUUCCGGGAACACAGAAACGAAGAGGCGUUAAAGCUAUGGGACAUGAUGAUCGACAAAGGGAUUACCCCGACGGCUGCCUGCUUCAGGGUACUCUCGACAGGUCUUUGUCUGUCCGGAAAGGUGGCAAGGGCCUGCAAGAUUCUGGACGAGUUAGCUCCGAUGGGUAUUAUUCCCGAGGCAGCGUUUGAAGACAUGAUCAACACUCUGUGCAAAGCUGGUCGGAUAAAAGAGGCCUGCAAGCUGGCUGAUGGGGUCACUGAAAGGGGUAGAGAGAUUCCGGGAAAGAUCCGUACUUUGAUGAUCAAUGCUUUGCGGAAAUCGGGCAAAUCAGAUCUGGCGAUGAAGCUGAUGCACAGCAGGAUCGGCAUUGGCUAUGAACGGAUGGGGAGCGUGAAGAGGCGGGUAAAGUACAGGACUUUAGUUGAGUCUGACUUCUAAUAGUCACACUGGAUUUUGCAGGAUGCAUCUUAUUCAUUUAUCCGGAUCCGAAUAACGAAUAACGAAUUCGGAUUUGUGAUCUGAAUACAUCGUUGUUUUGUUAUUCAUACGGCCUCAUGAAUGUGGUGUUGGUACUGAGUCUUGUGAGAAACGAGUUGGAAGUGUGAAGGAACAGUAACAGAAGAUGCAAGUUGGAUUGUCUUCAGAAAGGGGCCUGUUUCGUAAUGGGCUUGGGCCCAAAUGUCUCAUGUUUGGGCUUUAUAGUUGGGCCUCAAUUAGCCUGCCCUUUGUAAUAACGUUUUAUGGGUUUUUUUUUAGAUAUUCUCUUUUCCUUUUUGCUUAUAUUUUCUUGUAAGAAGAUAAAAUGAGAGAAAUUUGUUUUGUUUUUCA